AUGAACGUGGGAACAGCUCACAGCGAGGUGAAUCCCAACACCCGUGUCAUGAACAGCCGGGGCAUCUGGCUGUCCUACAUCCUUGGCAUCGGCCUGCUGCACGUCGUCCUCCUGAGCAUCCCCUUCUUCAGCGUCCCCGUGGUUUGGACUCUUACCAACAUCAUCCACAACAUGAGUAUGUACAUCUUCCUACAUACCGUGAAGGGGACUCCCUUUGAGACUCCGGACCAGGGCAAGGCUCGGCUGCUGACGCACUGGGAGCAGAUGGACUACGGCGUGCAGUUCACGGCCUCGCGCAAGUUCCUCACCAUCAUGCCCAUCGUGCCGUAUUUUCUAACCAGCUUUUACACAAAGUAUGACCGGAUACACUUCAUAAUCAACACCAUCUCCCUUAUGAGCGUCCUGAUCCCCAAACUGCCUCAGUUUCACGGAGUCCGGAUCUUUGGGAUCAACAAGUACUGA